UGUAAUUUUGUGAGAUUUUUUACUUUUUUAUGUUUAACUAAAGCACAGUCCCCAACUCUCUCUGUAACAUCUCUUUCACCCUGUACACACAAAACGUCAAAAACCCAGCUCAUACCCAUCUUUCCCUUUCUUCUUCAAAAUUCAAAUUCAUUGUUUCCCAAGCCAGAUCUACAAAACAAAUUCGAAAACCCAUUGAGAGAGAGAGAGAGAGAGACAAGAGUUGAAGGGGAUUCAGGCGAAUCACCACCAUCCGACGACAGUAACAGAGCUGCAAAGACAACCGCUCGAACUCUAAUUUAAGGGUUUACUUGAAAUCUGCUAUCCUAGAUCUACUAGACGUUAUUGAGCAGGAAUCAGAUAUCAAAGAGCUGGGAUAAAAUGACAAUUGUGGAGGACCCGAUUCCAGAGCUUUCGUCUGAUUUGUCAACUAUUUCUCCGCCGAAUUCAUAUGGAUCUGUUGUUCUAGGUGGCACGUUUGAUCGCUUACAUGAUGGUCAUCGACUUUUCCUCAAGGCAGCUGCAGAGUUGGCUAGGGAUCGAAUUGUUGUUGGUGUUUGUGAUGGACCUAUGAUUUCCAAGAAACAGGUGGUUAUGUUGGAUCCUUGGAGUGUAUUGUGGGUGGUGUUCAUAUAAGAACAGGGGUUAGAGAAUAAAGAGUAUACAGAAAGAGAUGAAGGGAAGGGAAGGGGAGGCAGAAAGAGGUAUCGAAUGGCAGGGGCCAGAUCAAGGUCAUGAUCAAGAACAAGGGACCUUCAUAAGCUUCUCCUAAGGCCAGGGCAUCUGGUCGGACCCGCUUUCGAACCAGGUACCCAAG